GCGAGCGAAGCGUGCCAGGCAGCAGGAUGCAUGCUUCGCGGGAGCUGGAUAUCGUCCUUUUCGGAGCCACCGGUGUGACGGGCACCUACGUGGUCGAGGAGCUGCACCGCUCGUCCGAGGGUCUUCGCUGGGGCGUCGCGGGAAGGGACGCCGACAAACUUCGGCGCACUCUGCGCGCUGCCGCCACGAACCUCGACAUGAAAGAGGAUGCCCUAGACAGUGUGCCCAUCAUCGUGGCUAACGUGGAGGACAAUGCCUCACUGUUGGCCAUGGCCCAGAGAACGCGCCUCGUUCUCAACGCUGUCGGACCGUACCGAUUUUUUGGACGUCCGGUGGUAGAAGCGUGCGUCAACAGCGCUACACAUCACAUCGACGUCAGUGCAGAAGUACAAUACAUGGAAAGGAUGCAGCUUGAAUUCUACGACGAGGCUAAAAAGAGAAAUACUUUCGUUCUGACGGCAUGUGGAUUUGGGAGCAUUCCUGCCGAAAUGUGUCUCUCCUUCAUGCGAGAGCGUUUCCGAGGUGAUUUGGAAGAGGUUGAGUCCUACAUGAGGAUAAAGCAAGGUCCCUUGGGCAUGAAAGUGAACUGCGGCACUUGGGAGAGCAUCAUCCACAUGGUGGCGCACGCGUCAGAGCUUGUAAACCUUCGGCAGCAGAACAGCGAGAGGGUCUUUACCAAGCCGCUUCCCAAACGCCAUUCUCGCUUGGCUCGAAGGAACGCAUUGUUCUGGAGUGAUGCGGCUGAAAGCUGGUGCGUGCCGUACUUCGGGUGUGAUCGGCCGGUGAUGACUCGCAGUGAAAUGUUCCGGCAUCAGCUAUGUGGCUCGAAGCCGGUGCAACUUCAGACGUACUUUUGUGUGCCAGGCGUCGUCCAGGGUGUGGGACUCGCUCUCUUGGCCUUGGUUUUUCUCCUCUUCAGCUGGUUCAAAUGCGGCCGCUGGCUGCUUCAUGCGGUGAAACACCUAUUUCUUCAUAGAGUCGAACUGCAGCACUUCGUGAGCUCUAUGUUUCCUGGAGUCUUUUCUGCUGGCUGGGUGAAACAAGGCGGACACUCCAAGGAGCAGGCGUUGGGCUGUUCCUUCAGCCUGACCGUACGGGGCCGCGGGUGGAAGGAAAAGCUGGCUCAUACUGACGACCGCCCCAGGGGGAAGAUGGACCAUUCCGUCACCAUCCGGAUGGAAGGGCCAGAUCCCGCAUACGUGACUACAGCAGUGUGCAUGGUGCAAGCCGCAGUGGUGGUGCUCAAGGAGAGAGACAAGAUGACAAUGAAGGGCGGAGUGCUGAGCCCAGGCGUGGCCCUAGAUCGGACAUCAUACUUGAAGAGGAUCCAACAACGUGGGUUCCAUAUUGCUGUGUUAUCCGAGCAACACUGAAGAGCACACAACGCCAGUACCAGGGUUGUUCCGCUUGCAGUCUUGGUGUGAUGAUGUUGACGUCUACAGCGAGCCGGUUUCGCUUGGCAGUCAUAGCCUGCGAAAGUGCCCUGUUCAUGCAUGCGAAUGCACCUGAUAGGCGUGAACGUUAAGGAGGAGAACGAAGCAGGCGUAUGUCACAAGACGCGGUUCUUUUUCUUUGUC